AUGAAUCACGAUUGCUGUUUACCACCAUCAUCGUUCAACAACAGUCCUUGUGUGAUCUACUUCAAUGGUCAAAGUAGCUUUUCUCAGAGAACAGAUCUCAAUGAACUUCAAAGAGACGGAGGACAAAACCCAACUACCCAUCUGCCACGCUUACCUUUCACCGCAGCCUCUGUCACCCAUCAUGAGCCCACCACUCCAGCCAAGCGCAUCCGACGAGCCCGCAGGACAACCAAGCGGAAGAUCAUCUACCACAAUUGUGUCUACGAUGGUUGCUCGAAGACAUACACCAAGAGCUCCCAUCUGAAAGCUCACAUGAGAACACACACUGGGGAAAAGCCCUACGUCUGUUCGUGGUGCGGAUGCGACUGGAAGUUCGCCAGAUCCGAUGAACUCACCAGACACUUCAGAAAGCACACAGGAGACAAACCAUUUCGGUGUCAUUACUGCGAAAAAGCAUUCUCCAGAUCAGAUCAUCUGUCGUUGCACGUGAAAAGGCACACUGGCAUUCCUUGA